AUGAAGCGGUGCCAAGGGUGCGACGCAGCCGUGGAGGGUACGGACCCUCACACUGCUUGCGUUAUGUGUCUCGGCGAGACCCAUGCUCUCGCGGCCUUAACUAAGGUGACCUGCACCGCCUGCGCUGCACUCGGGGCGCAGGAGCUACUGCGCCGGGCAAGCAUGCACCGCGAAGACGCCAGUUGGGCUGACUUCCCGGAGCCUUUUGCCAUGCACUCUCAGGAGGACAGACCGAACCUGCGCGAUGGCAGGGUUCCGUCUGACACGGCCCAUCUGGAAGAGGCGCUCCUGACCCUCGCUAACAGCUCUGGGGACGAGGACGACGACCUCCUUCUCCACUCUAGUGAUCUGGAGAUGCUUCCAGACUACAGUUUGGAGCCUUCCGGCUCUGUCGCUAUCCCAACGGCGACGGAUGAUGUUUCUGCCGAGCUGAGGAAGAACGCGGGCGCAAUCCUGCACCUCACCCAGGGGUUGGCACAGGAUUUUGGACGGAUUAUGGGCUGGAGUGUAGCCUCUCUCCGGCACUUAUGGCUAGCGAACUCGGCACUCCCUGAAGCGGACAAGGUCCCCCUCCUCGAUGCCCCAGUCUCUCUCGACGCCCGGCGCUCAAUUGAGGAGCAGCCCGGUGGCCGUAGAGACGCUACCACUAUUGCUAGCGGCAAGGCUUGGACGAAGCCGUUCAACCCUGCUGCACCCAGGGCUCACCCGCCUCAAUCGAAAGCCCAGAAGCGCAGUAUUGGAGUCCUCGCCGGCUCAGAAUCGAAGCUGGCCAGGACUCUACGUCGGCCUAUCACAGAUAAGCACCAGGUCGCUGGCUCGAAUUCGACCCCGCCCCCACUUAAGAGCCGGGCUUCUGCAGAUUCAGAAGCCCGUGGUACAGUCUGCACUGCUUUCAACCAGAAAGACGGCGGUGUGAGACCAAUACUGGACCUGCGAGCUCUGAACCGUCAUUUGGUGAAACGACGUUUUCAGAUGCUAACGCACAAGCGCGUAAUGAGCUCAAUCAGCCAAGGGGACUGGUUCACGCUCGUAGAUUUAAAAGACGCUUACUUCCAUGUGAACAUUGUACAGCGCCAUUGGCAGUACCUUCGUUUCGCUUUUCUGGGAAGAGCGUACGAAUUUACCAAACUCCCAUUCGGUCUGUCCCUGGCACCCCGCACCUUCGAAAUGGAGAGAAUUGCUUCCCUGAGAGGCCACGCUUGCCGAUUUCUCCCAGGUCGCUGCAUCAGUGGAAUCACGAUUAUGCGCCUGUUGGGUUUAAUGGCGGCAGCAAUCGCCGUGGUUCCGUUGGGAUUGCUACGCAUGAGACCGGUGCAACUCUGGCUCAAGCGAAUGCAUUUCGAUCCAAUGAGAGACCGCGCAAAGCUGUUUCGCAUUCCGCAGUCGGUUGUGAGAGCACUCUCGCACUGGCGAGAUGGGCGAAUGCUGAGUGUCGGUGUGCCAAUGGGCGCUAUCUCCACUCAUGUCCCUGUAUACACAGACGCCUCCACCAAGGGGUGGGGGGCGGUCUGCAAUGGAAUGAUGGCGAGCGGGUUGUGGAACCCUCCUCUGCCUCAUAUCAAUGUGCUGGAGAUCACAGCAGUAUGGCUUGCAUUACAACGUUUCGAACCCCUUCUUCGGGGCAGACACGUUCUAAUCAGAAGCGACAACAAAGCGACAGUCGCUUACGUAAACCGACAGGGCGGCACCAAAUGUCCACAUCUACACCGGCUGGCGGUGAGGAUCUGGACUUGGGCAUACCCGCGAGUUCGCUCCUUACGGGCGCUCUACGUCCCGGGGCAGCUGAACUGCGGCGCAGACCUCUUGUCUCGGGGCGGUCCCUCCCCCCUAGAGUGGUGUCUUCACCCACUCGUGGUAGCGGAGGUGUGGUCACGCUUUGGGAAAGCGAUAGUGGAUUUAUUCGCCUCCCGACAGAAUGCGCAUUGCCCAUUAUGGUUUGCGAUGACAGCAACCGGCUCGCCCCCACUGGGAGUGGACGCGCUAGCCCAUUGCUGGCCCAAGGGCCUCCUUUAUGCCUUCCCUCCCUUUGGUCUGGUACCGCAGGUACUAGCCAAAGCGAGAGAGGAGAGGAAACCCCUGAUUUUGAUCGCGCCAGAUUGGCCGCACAAACAGUGGAUGGCCGAUGUAGCCCUGCUGCUGACCGACGUCCCGUGGCGACUUCCCCAGCGCCGGGACCUCCUG